GUUCCCUCGUCACGUGGCGCAAGGCGGGCAGCCAUCUUGCUACAAACACAAACACUGAGGAGCGGCUGCAGCGGGAGCGCCAGCGCGCGCCGCCCCCCCUUCGCCUCCCUCCCCCUCCCCCCUCGCCGGCCAGUCUGCCGCGCGCCCUAGCCUCGCUCCACCAACGCCCCGGAACUGGAGCCCGAGCCUGGCGCAGCUUGCCCGGGAUCGCCCGCCCGCCCACCAGCGGAACUUUUCCCAGAUGUGAAGGGCCCCUGGUCACCAUUAUACUAAGGACCAUAUCUGAUAACUGGUGACCCCUGGCUCAGCCCGUUACACCAGCCUCUGCCUGAAGAGAGCCAUCUCCUCUGUUCCCUGUCCCCAGGUAUCUGGGGGACAGAUUGCCAGGUUAUCCUCCUAGAUUGGUUUAUCUCUUGGCAUCUUAUGUUGUGAAUGGCCCUGAACAAGUGUCUAUAAUCCAGUGUGCCAUCUUCCUUCCUCGUUUGGAUAUCAGGUGUCAAGCCUUCGCCUUCCUGUCACACUGUUCCCAUUUCCUCCCAACUUCCUGCCUUCAGGAAACUCAAGCAGCUUCACAAUGGCAGCAGAAACUCUCAACUUUGGGCCAGAAUGGCUUCGAGCACUGUCAAGUGGCAGUAGUGUGAUCUCCCCACCUCCUUCCCCUGCCAUGCCUAAAUAUAAGCUGGCUGAGUAUCGUUAUGGGCGUGAGGAGAUGCUGGCACUCUAUGUCAAGGAGAAUAAGAUCCCAGAUGAACUGCAGGACAAAGAAUUUGCUGCAGUGUUACAAGAGGAACCACUGCAGCCAUUGGCAUUGGAGCCUGUGACAGAAGAAGAGCAGAGAAACUUCUCCCUGUCAGUGAACAGUGUGGCUGUGCUGAGGCUGAUGGGGAAGGGGGCUGGCCCCCCCCCAGGUGGUAUCUCUCGUGGCAGAGGCAGCACAAGGAGCCGAGGCCGGGGCAGAGGUGAUAGUGGCUUUUACCAAAGAAGCAUUGAAGAAGGAGAUGGAGCUUUUGGACGAAGUCCUCGGGAGAUCCAGCGCAGCCAGAGCUGGGACGAUAGAGGCGAGAGGCGGUUUGAGAAGUCAACAAGGAGAGAUGGAGUACGUUCUGGGUUUGAGGAGGGUGGAUCAGGACCCCGGAAGGAACAUGCUCGCUCAGACAGUGAGAAUUGGCGUUCUCUACGGGAGGACCAAGAAGAGGAAGAUGAGGGUAGCUGGCGACUUGGGGCAGGUCCCCGUCGAGAUGGAGAAAGAUGGCGUUCCACCAGUCCUGAUGGUGGACCCCGAUCUGCUGGCUGGCGGGAGCAUGGGGAGAGGAGAAGAAAAUUUGAGUUUGAGUUGCGAGGGGAACGGGGUGGGGGUGUCGAGGAAGAGGGGCGGGGUGGGGGAGGCUCCCACCCCCGGAGGUCUCGGGGCCCUGAUGGCUUUGAUGAUGACAAGGAUGGACUCCCUGAAUGGUGUCUGGAGGAUGAAGAUGAAGAAAUGGGCACCUUUGACUCAUCUGGGGCCUUCUUGCCCCUUAAGAAGGGUCCCAAGGAGCCAAUCCCUGAGGAACAAGAGCUAGACUUCCAGGGUCUAGAAGAAGAGGAAGAGGAGAAGUUGGAUAGGCAGAAUGGAGAGGGAACUGAGUCAGGCAUGGAGCCAGGCCCACUACCCAUCCAAGAGGAGAAAAUGCAUCCUCCAUCCCCCCUGCCUACUCUGGAUCCUCUCUGGAGACCUGAUGGAGAAGGGGAUGAGGCUGUUGAGAAAGAUCUUCCAGUGUUUGAAGGGGAUGAAACUAGGGUGAACCCUGAGGCUGGCUCACCACCUGGUUCUCCUGGAGACACAGAAGAUGAUGAGGGCAUGAAACAUCUGCAGCAGGAAGCAGAAAAGCUGGUAGCAUCACUACAGGAUAGCUCCCUAGAGGAGGAACAGUUCACAGCUGCCAUGCAGGGCCAAGGACUUCGGCACUCAGCUGCUGCCGCUGCUCUUCCGCUCAGCCAUGGGGCUGCCCGAAAGUGGUUCUACAAAGACCCACAGGGAGAGAUUCAAGGUCCCUUCACAACACAGGAGAUGGCAGAAUGGUUUCAAGCUGGCUAUUUCUCCAUGGCAUUGCUGGUGAAACGGGGCUGUGACGAAGGUUUCCAACCACUGGGUGAGGUUAUCAAGAUGUGGGGGCGUGUGCCCUUUGCCCCAGGACCCUCACCUCCCCCGCUGCUGGGAAACAUGGAUCAGGAGCGGCUGAAGAAGCAACAGGAGUUAGCAACAGCUGCACUGUACCAGCAGCUGCAGCACCAGCAGUUCCUUCAGCUCAUCAACAGCCGCCAGUUCCCACAGUGUGCACUCCAGCAAAAGGCAGCUAUGGGAGACCUGACGCCUCAGCAGCAGCAACAGCUCACUGUGUUUCUGCAGCAGCUACAGGCUCUCAAACCCAGAGGUGGGGACCAGAACCUCCUUCCAACGAUAAAUCGUUCCUUGUCGGUGCCAGAUUCAGGCACCCUCUGGGAUCUGCAUACCUCAGCUUCAUCACAGUCAGGUGGUGAGGCCAGUUUGUGGGACAUACCAAUUAACUCUUCGACUCAGGGUCCAAUUCUAGAACAACUCCAGCUGCAACAUAAACUCCAGGAGCGGAGAGACGUGGAACUCAGGGCAAAACGAGAGGAGGAGGAACGGAAACGCCGGGAAGAAAAGCGGAGGCAGCAGCAGGAGGAACAGAAGAGGAGGCAGGAAGAAGAGGAGCUGUAUCGGCGCAAGCAGGUUCGGCAGCAGGAACUGCUCCUAAAGCUGUUGCAGCAGCAGCAGGCAGUGCCUCCAUCACCAGGCUCCCCUCCUCCACUCUGGGCAGGCCUGGCAAAACAAGGCCUCUCGAUGAAAACCCUGUUGGAGCUACAGCUGGAGGGUGAUCGGCAGUUGCACAAGCAGCAACAUCGGGAGCCUCCUCGAGCCCAAGCCCCAGCCCAACGGGCGCAUGGGGGCCUGGGCAGCGCCCCUCUAUCCCAGUGGGUGGCAGAGGCAGGACCCCUAUGGGGUGGGCUAGAGAAGAGCGGGGGCAGUGGAAGUCUGGGGCUCUGGGAGGAAACACUCAAGGGCAGCAGCAACCUGGCCAGGAGCCUGGGCCUCAAGAACAGCCGAAGCAGUCCUUUGCUCAGCGAUUCCUACGGCCACCCUUCUGGCCGACCUGGGCGAAAGAAGACAGAUGAGGAAGAGAAGUUGCUGAAGCUGUUGCAGGGCAUUCCUAAGCCCCAGGACGGCUUCACCCAGUGGUGUGAGCAGAUGCUUCACACGCUGAGCACCACUGGGAGCCUAGAUGUGCCCAUGGCUGUGGCGAUCCUGAAAGAGGUGGAAUCUCCCUAUGAUGUCCAUGAUUACAUCCGGUCCUGUCUAGGGGACACAUUGGAAGCCAAAGAGUUUGCCAAACAAUUCUUAGAGCGAAGGGCCAAGAAUAAGGCUAGUCAGCAACGGCAGCAGCAGCAGCAGCAGCAGGAGGCAUGGCUCAAUACAAGCUCCUUACAAGCUGCUUUCCAAACCAAUCACAACACGAAGCUGGGCCCCGCAGAGGGCAGCAAGGCCAAGAGGAGAGCACUGAUGCUGCAUGCAGACCCCAGCAUCCUGGGCUACUCCCUGCAUGGAUCCCCCAGUGAGAUCGAGAGUGUGGAGGACUACUGAACAGCCAGCCCCCCAGCCCCACCUGAGGGUGGGGAAGGAGGUGGCAUAGAUACCUGGGACCCUGAGCCUGGCCAGGUUCCCCCUGGAUAGGGGGAAGGCAGAAGCUGGAGGAAAAAGAGGCAGAGUCCUCAGCACUUGUUACAAACCACAUGAUGCACCUUAACUCACCCACCACGAGGCACUUUACAGAUUGGGGGGAGGGGGGGGGGCUGGGGGAGAGGGAUUUUUUUUUUAUUAAAACCUGAAGAAAAUGUUAAAAAAAAAACAACCUAGACUUCCCCCUCCCCUCCCAGCACCCUUUCUCCCCAUUGGGGGUUGAUGGGUUUGGGAUCUGAUUGGGGUGGUAAUGGAGUCCCAAGGGUCCCUUUUUUAAAAAUGAUGAGAGGGGAGGGUGGGUUCUGAUUAAAAAACAAAACACUGUUAUUUGGGGGUGAUAAGGGAACUAAGACCCAGGGACCUGCCUAGUCCAUGUUCCUCCUCCCCUAGGCUGUACUUAGCCUUUGCUACCCCAUACACCAGCCCUCUGUGUAACUGGAAGCUUGGGCAAGAACAGUUUGCACAGUAGGGUCUCCUUUGACUAUUGGACCCACUGUGAACUGCUUGGGGUGGUUCCUGUGAUUGUUGCUGAUGUUUCUGGGGAGCAGGGGCUGAGGAAGCCACCCCUGCUCUGCUGCUUUAGGGGUAAGUUGCACAAAUCUGAUGGGCCCACCAGCCUGUUCCCCUUGGCUGGGUAAGUAGGAAUGGGGCCUUGUGUCAGUGUUAGCCCUGUUAAGGGAGCAACAAGCAGUGGCCCAAGUUGAGGGGCUUUCUUCCAUCUGCCAUUUGGGGUGGGGGGAGGGACUAGUGCUGGGUAACCCAGUUCCCCAGUCCCCCAUAUGAAUGUAUUUUUUGGGACAUGGCACCUAUGCCCUAUGCCCUACUCAGUUUUUGGCAGAAGGAAUAGGAAAUGGACAACCCUCUCCAGCAGCUGCCCUCCCUUUGAGGUAGAAGAGAAGGAACCCAGGGAAAGGCAGCUUGGAGAUGGGGUUUGGGGGCGGGGGGAGGGUUAGAGGUGUGCUUCACACAACUUAAAUUUGACCAAAUUGGAGAGGAACAAAUGGUCUCUCUCUGCUCCCCUCUCCCUUUUACAAAUACUGUGAUGGGGGAGGGGGGAGGAUAUUAAGAAGACACGUCUGUCUGUCUUGUGUAAGGGGAGGUUGGGAUUAUUUUUUUCUUUUAUCAUCCAAUUGAUACCAUCUGGGUUUCUUACAUUGUCUCCCCAACAUUAUCCACACUGCUCUCAACCCCCCAGAGUGCACAGUAUUAGGCUAGGGUUCUGCCUCUACCUCCCCCUCAUGAAUGUACUUGUUCCCCUACCCUGGGGGAGGAGGGGAGGGGGAAGAGCAACAUUACCCCCUUGGAUCCCAUAUUUUUUUAUUUUAUUUUUGCACCAAAGUGGCAACUGGUUCAGAGUUGGUCAUGGCCUUGGGUGGGGGAGGCUCCCCUACUUGCUUCCCCUUGGCUUCUUCAACAGUGUUAGUGUCUGUGUAAUACUCUCUAAAGCAAUAAUGGGGAUGGGGGGGAAUGUUUGUUUUUUUUUUUUGGUUGCUGCUGGCCUCCCUGACUCCCCGUUCCCUUCACUCUGCCCCCCUUCUGCCAGUAUUCAGUGGCAUUAGAGGUGGGGGAGGGCUACUAUUGUGACUGAAUGUAACCACCCCCCUGCCACAGCCAGUGUGUGUAGGGAGGCUGAUUAUCCCCUUCCUCGUGUCUUCCCCUCCCCUCCCCCAGCGGAAGAGACUUUGAACUUAGGGGACCCUUGAGCCUGGAGUGGCCUUAACCCUGUGAGGAAGCUGGAGGGAGGGAACCCCACCCCCAACCCCCUUUCUGAGAGUGGUCAAUGUUUACAAAUCUCUGAGCCCCUCAGCCCAGGGACUCUGUACCCUGUUUCCAUCCUAUUUCCCCCUACCACCUCCCACAAAUGGGUCUUCCUGGGCCCUGGCUGCUCCCUCUUUCCUGGGGCGGGGCAAGGGAGGGGCCAGUCUGUUUGGUCUGCCUUUUUGCCCAUACCCCAAAUUCCAUGUGACAAUACCCCUCACCUCCCCCAUGUAAAUACCCAUCCCACCCCUAAAUAAAACUUAGUGUGUGUUCUCCCC